AAGUAUGUGAACAAAGCGGAAGCCAAACCACAAAGAAAAGAGGAUGUAGCCUGUGCUUCACACUUGURUCUAGAAGGCGGAAACAGUAUCCAUUUUGAAAGUCCCAUUUCAAUAUGGCAUGUGUAGUUAUCGCUCUUCUUACAAUCUUACCAGUGGUGAUGGGAGGUACCACUGGUUACCUGGGAGAUUCUGUCACCUUGUCUUCUGGAGCCAACUCAUCCUGGAUCUUGWUCAAGAUAGAGUGGUCUAUAUUCAGCAACAACACCUGGAUUGCAACGUACAGGAAAGAACCACAGACUUUCAGAAUAGACCGUUUCUGGCAGUUUCUGGGUCGUCUAAGACUCAACAUCUCCUCCGGGGACUUAGAGAUAAGAGAUGUGAGGAUAGGGGAUGCCCUGGUUUACUCGGUUCUCCUUCAAGACAUUAAGGGAGAGCAGCAUAACGUACGUGUCCAGCUCACUGUGACAGAGCGUCUCAGCAAGCCCAGCGUCCGUAAGGUCUUCAGCAUGUUGAAGGACAGCCAUUGUGUGAUGGCUCUUCAGUGCUCUUCUUCAGUGAAGGACACCCACCUCUCCUGGGAACCAGAGGCUGCGUUUGAGGAUGCCUUCUGGAGGGGGAAUCCCAACACCAACGUCUCUGUCGUCUGGACGUCUUACAGCCCCAACAGAAAUGCCACCUUCAACUGUACUGCCAGCAAUGGGCUCUCUAAAGCCUUUCGGGUUGUGACGGAGAGAUGCCAAGAGCCCGACUGGUGGGAGAGACCCGCAUCCCUGGAAUAGGUUUUGUAAUGUUGCUCUUAGGAAUUGUGUUUUGAUGUGUUUUAACAUA